ACAAUUCAGUCAAUCAGUAGUACCCUGUUCGUUAGCUCAUAGCCGGUUUAGUGCAACGUUUGCUACAUAAUUUUUGGCAAAUUGAUAAGAAGAGGUCUUUCGAGUUCCGAGUUAGAAGUUUAUUUGUAUUAAAAAACGAAGCAAUGGCCCGUCAGCUUACAAAGUUAGGGUAUUUGGACGCGAAGAAAACUUUAUUUUUGCUCUGUGACGUUCAAGAUAAAUUUAGACCCGGCAUUAAGUUGUUUGAUGAAGUUGUUAAGAAUGCCAGUAAGUUGAUACUAGCCGGAAAAGCGUUGGACGUCCCCCUAAUCGUCACUGAGCAAUUCCCGGAGAAGCUAGGCCACACUGUCCAGGAUCUGGACAUCAAGCAUGCCAAAGGCGUUUAUCCGAAAACUCGUUUCAGCAUGCUGAUACCGGAGGUCCAGGAAAAGAUUAAAGGUCUGUUCCCGGACAAGCUUGAAUCGGUCGUCCUAUUCGGACUGGAAACCCACGUUUGCAUAGAACAAACGGCAAUGGAUUUGCUUAGCAGUGGAUAUGAUGUGCACAUUGUCGCCGAUUGUGCCGUUUCGCGCACACAAGAAGAUCGUAAGCUGGCGCUGGAAAGAUUGAAGCAGUACGGGUGCUUUGUGGCCACCAGCGAAAAUGUCAUAUUCAAACUGGUGAAGGAUAAGCAGAACCCAGGGUUUGAUAGCGUCAAAGGACUGAUUCGUGAGCCGUCGGUGGAUACUGAGCUUUCAAAGCUCUAACUAUGUUUUGCGAAUGGAUAAUUACACAAAGUGCAUUUAUACCCAACAACGCUUUGGUUUUAGAUUGGUAUUAUAGCAGACUCGCAGAGAAAAUAAAAGCCAUUUUAAAACCAAAGAUGUUACUGUUUUGAAAGUCUUAUGUAUAGUUGUAAAAACAUGUUUUGAAAUAAAGAUGUAUAUAAAAACUUGAUUCAAAAUUUCUAAGAAGAA